AUGGAGUGGUUCGGCCAUGCCAAGGUAGAGUUCACUCACGCCCCUGCGCCACGAGCGAUACGAGAGAAGGAUGGCAAGGAGACAGACUUGCUCAAGAUUGUUGAGAAAUCAACACCUCCAUGCCACUUGAACCCGCUGCUGUUCAAUGGCCACAUUCAGACAAUGUGGACGGCCACCAAACCCAGCGGGCCUCCAGUAUACUAUCGUCGCAAGACAUUUGACGCCGACCACAAGACGUACAAAGGCACCUUUGCUGUGGACUUUGCUGUGCAACCGUAUGAAGGGGGCGACGAGACAUUACCCAGAAGAACUACUUACUACACGGACGAGGAAUUCGACAAUAUAGGCUCAGAUGAUUCGAAGCCAAUGCUGGUCGUUUUGCACGGCUUGUCUGGAGGCUCUCAUGAGAUAUAUCUGAGACAUACUAUUACUCCUCUGCUAGGAGACGGAGGUUGGGAAGUAUGUGUGGUGAAUUCGAGGGGAUGUGCAGGGAGCAAGAUCACCAGUGGCGUUCUUUACAAUGCUCGAGCUACUUGGGAUUGCCGACAGACCGUAAAAUGGCUGAAGAAAACGUUCCCAAACCGACCCCUGUUUGGUCUUGGUUUCUCGUUGGGAGCCAACAUGCUAACCAAUGCCAUAUGUAUUGACCAGAAGCAGUACUGUGGCGAGGAAGGCGAAGACUGCCUCCUAAAGGGAGCUGUCGUUUGUUCUAACCCUUUCAACUUGGAAAUAUCAAGCAAAAUGCUACAAAAUCGAUUUAUCGGCAAGGAGGUGUAUUUAAGAGUCAUGGGUUUUGCCAUGAAGAACUUGGUCAGCACGCACAAAGAAGCCUUGAAGAAGUACACCGACCUUGAUCUGCCCUCCCUUGAAAAGGUCACGUAUUUAUAUGACUUCGAUCGCGAGGUCCAAUGUCCAACAUGGGGAUAUCCUACUGAAGAUGCCUACUACCGUGAUGCAUCUUCCACGGAUGCUGUCUUAAACAUCAGGAUUCCAUUCAUUGCCGUCCAGGCAACUGAUGACCCUAUUGCUGUGAAGGAAGCCCUGCCCUAUGCAGAAUUCAGGCAAAACCCCAAUACUAUCAUGAUUACCACAUCCAUGGGAGGUCACCUGUGCUGGUUUGAGAUGGGUGGCAGUCGAUGGCAUCCCAAGCCGAUUUGCAACUUCCUAAACCAUCUUGCGUUCAAGGCGGACUUGGAUAGCAUUACACCAUCCAGAGUACCUACUCCAGAAAACCCAAAACACGGUGCCGAUUACAACCCGAUGCGUCGUAAGCUUCAAAUUUUAGAGGAUUAG